CGGUGCCGCAUGCGAUUCCGAUUUCACGUUAUGACGUACUUGCCGUCGUUGUGCGCCAUCCUUGCGCUGACCAGUGCUCAAGACACGAUAAUUCAGAACAAGAACGUGAAUAUCAUCGUGAACGUGGACCCAGAGCAAGUGGCCAAGGAAUUGUGGAAGGUGAUCGAGGCUCGCCUCAACAACAGCACCAGCCACCCCACCAACUCGUGGAACGCCAUCAAAGAUCUGGAGAAGGUGGUGGCCUCGCUCGUGUCGCCCAACAGAAGGAGCUCGGCGCAGCCGUCCGCGCAUCAAGUAGCGAACGAGCUCGACCGGAUCACCCGGCGAGCGCUCAGCCGCGGCAUUCCGAACAUCAACCUGAUGGACGAAGAGAUCAUGACCAGGGACAUCGUCGCGGACAUGAUGGUCUCGCUGAAGAUGAUCCAGUCGAGGGCCUACGAGACGGACGCGCCCGUCAGAAGGAUGUACGAGCCAGCCACGUCGGCGGAGAACGACGACAGCGAGGAUUACGUGAACGUCAGGAUCAAGAUACGCAGGCGGGACAUCCUCGAUGCGCUUCAUUACCGCGCGCGCAGUCAGUGCACAAAAGAUUCUCUUCCUCGCACAAUUUUACUCGCCGUAGGACAUGAACACCCGCUGAUCGUCGUUCACUUUAUCGGAUGUGCAAUAUUUCAUUGCGCAGCGAGCGCAAAUUCGCGAGCUGGUUUUAAUUCUGGCGUGACCGAACGCUCCUAUAUAAAUACUCACUUCCGAGCGAUUGAUCCAAGUCGGGAGUGGCCUUUACGAUUGACGAUCAUGUCCUCCACGAUGGUAUCGCGCCGACUGCUCGGUUGUCUGUUUGUGAUCCUGCUGUCGCGCUACGGCGACGCGUACAAGUCCAACUCCAAUGAUUAUUUGGAAGCCAUUCUGAUGACUCUGGAACGCAUCGAGAAUGGAAUGCAAAAGAUGGCCGAGCAGAGCGCGUUGGCCUGCAUGACUCAGUUCUCUCACGAGAAAUUAGCCGCGUUGGCCUCCGAUCGUUCCAAGAUUCCCGACGACGACGAGGCCCAGAGCGCUGGACGAACCUGGAGCCCGCGCAUGCAGUCGAUGAACCUCAUGAACGUCCGCAGAUCCAUGAGCCGUUCCGACGAAGACGACGACUACCAGCCGACGCUGCGAAAGCUGAAACGACACCGAUCGUCGAACCGCAAUCAGAACGUCAACUCGAAUUCUAACAUUAAUACGAACAUCAACUCUAACAGAGCGAAGAUAUUCGACCUCAGCAACGAGACCACAUCGUGAAGUGAGAAUAAAUGAGGCUCGAGAGGAUAUCGCGAGGAUUCAUCGCGUCUAGUUGCGACUCGUGUAAAAUUAUGUGUUUGCGAUAAUAAAAUGAUGUACAAUUAGCGAA